GGGUGGAGACCCAGUGAACGAACGGGCGCUUAUACGAGGCUCGGCCUGGUAAUCAAUGGCACGGUGCCUAAGACCGUCUCCGGCCACAAUCGCUGCAGUACACGGUGGAUGUACGCGCGGCAACCACCGUCCUUUGCUCCCUCGUUCUUCCCUCGGGGGUGCGUAACCCGAGAAUCGCUCUCUUCCUCGUGGAUCUGGCGUGAAAGUUCCGCUUGCUCCGAGAGGGUGACCGCGCGCUCCCGGUCGAGAGGAUGAACCGCGCGAGGACGGACCAAUUACGCCGCGAGUAGGCUUGCUAAUUAGCGAGGGUAGAUCCAAGGGUGCAACGAGUCAUCGCGGUCCACCGCGAUGACCUUGUGACAGAUCAUCACUUCGACCUCGCCGACGAUCGCCGCGGCGGAUUGACUCGGUUGGAGUGACCACACUCGGGUGGACCAUGAGCCAUGGACACGUCGCGGGUGGAAAACGGCGCGGCCCCUGAGGAGAAACGCAAGGAAGAGCCCGCUUAAGUCAUGGGUAGCGGAGGGGUUGGCGAAGUAGCGACGAUAUUUCACCCCCGACGAUCGCGCACGUCGAAUGUAGCCCUCAGCGAGGAUCAGCAGAUCCACAGCCUGUUCGCUAGCCCUGUCCAGGUUGCCCGUCACGCUUCAGGAUGCGAGCAGCAGCAGGGUUGCAACGUCACCGACGGUUGCGGCGACUCCACGCCGAGCUACCGCACCUUGGAGACCACCGGAAGUACCGUAGGAAGCGGCGGCGGCGGUGGGACCGGAGGUAUCCAGGCUCAAUCGACGGGUCAAACCCAAUCAUCUGCUCAUGUGACCCCGAUUCCAACCUCGGUCGUUCAGCAGCCGCAGCAACCCUCCUCCCUCUCGGCCUGUUACGCCUCCUGCUGCGCAGAAAGCGCGAAGAAGAUAUAUUUCGGGGUGUGCGUGACAAUAUGCGUGACUGCGAGCUGGGUCGGAGCGACUCAUUGCAUCAAGUAUUUGUACUUUCAUAAGUCGGAGCAGCUCUCGCAGACGUCCGUGACUUCCUCCACGAAUUCCUCCACGAACGGACUACGUCAGCAAUAUAUCGUCCUCCCGUACGAUGCGCCCUUCUUCACGACGUGGUUCUGCACCAACCUGGAAGUACUAUACUACCCGGUGUACUUCAUCUGCCAGAUCACCCGUACCAAGUGCGCCAGCCCUUUAGAGAUACUGGCCCUGAGCGUGCGCGGCUUCCGAGACAAGGGUUUGACCAGCGGCCGUUUUUUGAUCAGGUGUAGCCUCUUCUGCGGCCUGUGGGUCAUCACCAAUUACUUGUACAUACUCUCGCUGAGGAUACUGCUGGCCACGGAUGUGAUGGCAUUGUUCGCCACCAAUGUCUCCUGCGUCUAUCUACUGUCGUGGGUCAUCCUUCACGAACAAUUCGUGGGUGUGAGGAUAGUCGCAGUGAUCCUCUGCAACACUGGCAUCGCGCUGCUAGCUUAUAUGGACGGCAUAACCGGAAGCCCAACGUUGGGAGGCGUCGUCCUGGCCACAGCAGCGGCAGCUGGCUCUGCCGUUUACAAAGUCCUCUUCAAGAAAGUGAUAGGAGAGACCACGUUCGGCCAAAUGUCUCUGUUCUUCACCCUCAUCGGUUUGUGCAACGCAGCCCUGUUGUGGCCGAUUUGCCUGGCCCUGUACUUCUCCGGAGUGGAGACCAUGCACUGGGCGAGAUUACCGUGGCCCACAUUAAUCUCCGCCAGCAUCCUCCACCUAGUCGCCAACAUGCUCGGCAAUUUCAGCAUCGCGCUCACCUACGACUUGUUCAUCACUCUUGGAUUAAUUACGGCUGUACCUGUGUCCGCUGCACUGGACGUUAUUUUCUACGGGGCGCAUUUCAUGGGCAUGAAACUGGCGGGCAUGAUCUUCAUUGCGGUGGGCUUCUUCCUGGUGAUGUUCCCGGACAAUUGGCCGGAUUAUAUAACGAGGCUCCUCCGUACCACGGGGGGUGGCCAGCAACGCGGCAGCAACAGCGGCAGGACGACGAUUAGGAACCGCGCGGCCUCCAUUCAGCAACGCCAGCACCGCCUGAGAAGCUACGGCGUUUCCGCCGCGCACGGUGACGGCCAGACACUGCUGCCGAUCAGCAACAGCAGCAACAGUCAGCCGCCUGCACAUCGGCUGCACGCAAACAACAACAACAAUAAUCACCACCACCCCCAACAACAGUACAGCUCGAUUUCCGAAAUCCAAUCACGCCGUGUCCCUUCCUCCACCUCGACCUCCACCUCGACCUCGACCGCCGCCACCACCGUCGUCAGCAACAGCUACUCGCAUGAUCCUCGUAAUCAGCAGCAAGGUGGAGCAGGAGGCACAGGCACGGCAUGUCAGAUAGAUCAUCGCGCGACGUGAUCGACUACCGUACCGGUUACAUAAAGUCGCAUCUACGCUCGCCCUCGGGCAGAGUUCGGUGACUAAAUGCACCGGAAAUCGCAGCAAUAAUUAAGAAAUUACGACGUGGGUAAAUGGAUCUCUUUGGCGCGAUAGCCAGAGUCAUCGGCGAAGUUUGAGCGCGAGUUGCUCGACCAGCAGAAGCAAUUUACGUAAUUAGGUACCCCCGAACUUUCUGAACUCUUUUGCGGGCUCUCCUCGAAGCGCUAUUAAAUAAGAUGCACCGUUUCAUCAAUCCUUAGCCGUUAAUAGCAAUUCUACUGAUCUUCUUGUCGAUUCUAGCUCCCUGAAGAAACAUAAAAGCUUAAACGAUUAAUUGAAUGAACAAACGGGGGUAAGAGAUGUGCUCAGAGACGAACUCACCUUUCAAAAGUUUUCCAACUUUCGUUGGAAUUUGAUUUAUUAAGAAAUUUAUUAAUUGUUUUGUUAAAUAUUUUACUUACUAGACAUCCGAGCUACAAAGUGCGAAAAGGAUUUAUUUGAAAGCGCGUGAAGACGUUUUCUGGAGAGUUCAUCGUUUAAGAAGCAAAUUUGCAAAGUCCUAGUGAUGAACGUGAAACAGCUGACGUCCUUUCUUAUCUCGUUGACGUUCUCUACUCUUUUACUACACGAUCGUUGUUUCCUCAAGCUACAAACCGGAUAUAUUCGCGUCUGAAAAUUAUAGUUCAGCACGAAAACGAAAUCGAUAACGAUCAGGUGGCUGUAUGAUUUCUCUCGGUAUACCUUAUUACCGAAAGAAAAAAAAAAACAAUCGGGAAGAAAUCGCUACCAUAUAGUAAUAACGCAAAUAACGGAGGCGACUUGCAAUCGCUGUGAUCUCGGGAGGGCGAUCUUCCGCGGCACGCUAUCGUCAGGAACAGAGGGUGAACUCUCGUUUCCCCUUUCUCUUUCUGCCUACCCGCGUCGCGUCGAAAUCCGAACUCAAUGCGAGAUCCACCGGCUUCAAUCCGUUCAAUCAAACCGCGAAAAGCCACUUUAGGAUUUUUGGGAUCGCAAUUCUCACGUCGACGUCGACGUCAACGGUAGAUAUUAACGAUUACGCGCAAUACAAUAAAGACAAUCAGAAAAAUAGCGGACUAGCUCUCUGACAAAUACCGUUUCUCGUCCGUAGCGGCAUCGUCGAUCUGUGCGAAUCGGUGGCGAACGCUUCCCGUGUCUUGACGAGAGUUUGAAGUACGUUUUACUGCGACACUUCGCGUGCACGACAGCUCAUAGAGAAAUCCUUGCACCGCGGAAUUAGCGUGACGUUACAGGGUUCAUAGUUUUAUCUCUAUUCCGACUCGAGUAAAGAGUUUUAAACCUUCUCUACCAUAGUGUUCCAGCGAAAUUCUUUGCGAUGACUGUGAAAGGAAGGGAAGAUACUCGACACGCGAGGAGGAGGACUCGAUGCGCGGCGGCUCAAUUCGGGGUAUAUCGUUCACGUUGUUUUAACGUUAUCUGAAAUUCCACGAUAGUCGAGUAGAAUAGCGAGACUUCACGAUCAACUGUAAGAUGCGUGAUCAGUUUGGGAUCUGUUUAUUCGGCGGGGCUUCGAAAGUCUUGUCUUGUCAACGAGUCAGUCUCGAAUAAACGAACGAUAAACUUCUAAGCAGAUUAAGUCUUGAACGCUAAAUUUGGAAUAUAUUUUUAUAAAAUCGUAAGUCACUGAUAAGGGAUCUUCAUCGAGAAUUAUUUCACCGUGACUACUCUAAUCAUCACUAUUUGCGUUACAUUGUUUCGUACGUGGUUUGGAUUAUACAUUUUGCAAUGCGUCACCUGUACAAGCUUCGCGCUACGUUCUUGAUUAUUAAAAAAUACGUCGGAACGCACGUCGACGCGGGCCGUUUCGUUUGUGUACAUAUACUGUCAAUUACACGCGGAAGUUGAUGUAUUAGUAAUCGCAAUAAUUCUAUCUAUCAUGAGAUGUAUUAUACCAGGUACCCCUAGUUCAAUGUAAGCGGUAUUGCGAAGCUAUAUUGCGCGGGAAACGAAUGUGAUGUGUCAACAAUAAAUCUAGUUUAGUACAA